AUGGAAAAGAAGAAACCCAUGAAGGUCGCACUAAAAUGUUUGAAUAAUUCACAAAAUAUAUCCAAUGAAUUCUUAGAUGAGGAUGGAGCUGUUAUUGGAUUUGGCCAAAUUCCAAACUUGCAAGACAAAUUAAGGAAAAUGAAAACAUUAAAGAUUAUUUAA